UAAUAGCAUGACCCCGUUAUCUAUACCUUCAAAGGGUAUAGGUAUGGGUAAUUAUCGACUGUCAACAAGGAAAGUGAAUUUAUUCAUGUACGAAAACUAAUUUUUUGUCUAUUGGUGGUUUCAAUUAUUAAAAUGUCCAAAGUUGAGCCAAGUAUAGGUUUUUGGAAAAUGGCAUUUAAAUGAAUGGCAUAUGUUUAAUGGUAAUUCAAUGGCUUUAAGCCAGUCUGGAUCGAUUCAGACCACUGCGCAAUACCGUUGGAUUGGUUGAUUAUUGCAUAGGUCAUAUACCAAAUGUUAUUUAGCAAAUUUAAAUUUCCGUGCAAAAUGAUAGAAUUGAUCAAGUGGUCAUUCACUUCUGUUCGCCACAAAUUCAGCGCAUACAUAAAGCCGUUUGGCCUCAUUAACGUUUCACAUUUAACAACCUGAAGUGCAUUGUGCAAGCAAAUCACGGACGCACUGAACAAAACCACGUUUAAACUAGUUCAAGUCGAUAAUUAUGCAAAUGCAGAAAACCGUUUGCAAACCAGCGGUGUAUUGCUUAAUUACUAUCACGAUUGUGCAGUCUGUGGUAUUCUUGGUCGUUACCAGUAACUGGACAACAAUACGCAGAGUCAACAACGAGCCCAACACCGUACAACUGUGCACGGUGUGUGAGGUCCUCGUACCAAUGAUCGACAAAAAUGGCAUUGCCAGUCAAGUUGCAAAGCUCAAAGAACCUCCAAACUUGCAGUGCUGUGGAGGAGCAGCAGAAAUAAUUACUUUAUCGGCACAGAAGCAAACAGCGGAUAUUUUCUACAAGCGUAUUCGUUAUAUGGUGCCAGAGGCUGUCUAUAAGAUGUGUGAUUCGUCGGUAGAUCAGACACCAUAUGUGCGGGCGGUGGGAAUAACAGGGUUCAAACAUGUUGGAGCCCUCUAUCAACCUCUCUGGAACCAGAACGGUCAGACGGUGACGCAACCAAGCAUUAAUCACAUUACCCACUUGCAGGACGAGGGCGAAAUCUUUAUCCGUCUUGCUGGCUUGUACAUGAUUUCAAGCCGACUUGCCAUUCAGACUAAUGCUUCGACCAUUGAUAGUGUAUUUUCACACUCUAUUUACGUACUGUCACAUAAAUAUGGGACUCGACGUUUGCUCGGAGAACGAAGAACGACUCUUUUCGGUGGGGACCAAACAGUCAGCACGUUCACAGCAGUCUACAGCCUUGACCUACACGACCGACUUUCUGUUGGCAUCAAUAACCCCGAACACAUCGAUGCACAAAGCAAUAAUAAUACUUUCUCUAUCCACUCUGCCGGGUAACGCGUUUAAUCACGCAUUUAAACUGGUACGUGUUUUCAAAUAUAAUUUAAAUAAAAUCCGACAAUGUUUUCUAUUCCAUAACAGUAAGAACCACAUUUAAAAUAGAAAAAAAUGCUCUAAGGUCCGCGCGAACAGCUUGUCAGUUAAUUUGCACAUUUAGACGUGUUGGCAUAUUUUCAACAACAAUGUGAUCAGCUGUUUUACAAAAAAGACAAAGUGACCGUGAUUUGAAUAAGUACGUGUUUAUGUAACCUUAAUUUUCAUAUUGGUUACAAUCGUUCGUAAACCGUCCCUUUCAGUGCAAUGUUGUUUUAUGCGUUACAAAGUCGUUAAAUUUUGAUCAAAUUAUUUAUCAUUCAUAAUGUUAACAAAC